AGAUACUAAUUGAAGAAUACAGAUUAGAGUCUAAUUAUCAUAAUGAAAGGUUUCCUUUUGGCUUUUGUCCUCUUGGCUUUGACUUCCUCUUUUGCCUCCGCUUUUGACCCCAGUCCUCUUCAGGACUUCUGUGUUGCGGUUGAUGAUCCCUUGAAUGGUGUAUUUGUGAAUGGGAAGUUCUGCAAGGACCCCAAUCUCGCCGAAGCAGACGAUUUCUCCUCUUCAGUUAAAUUGCCUGGAGACACAAACAACCCAGUUGGUUCAUAUGUCACAGCUGUGAAUGUAGAUGAAAUUCGAGGACUUAACACUCUUGGCAUAUCAGCUGCCCGUAUCGACUUUGCACCUUAUGGCCAAAAUCCACCUCACACUCACCCUCGAGCCAUUGAGAUUCUUGUUGUCCUACAGGGUACUAUUCUUGUUGGUUUCGUCACUUCCAAUCCCAACAACACACAUAUCACAAAAGUUCUAAACAAGGGCGAUGUGUUUGCUUUCCCCAUUGGUCUCAUUCACUUCCAAUUCAAUGUCGGAAAAACAAAUGCGAUCGCCUUUGCUGGUUUAAGCAGUCACAAUCCUGGUGUUAUUACUGUAGCCAAUGUAGUAUUUGGAUCAGAUCCUCUCAUUGAACCAAAUUUCCUAGCAAGAGCCUUCCAGUUGCAAGGUUUGCCUUAA